AUGCCUGCGCUUCCGCCCACCCUGGCGGCAGCCGCGCCGGUGGCAUGGGGCGGCGGCAGUCUGGUGGAUGGGCGCGCGGCGUUCAGCGCGGACGGCCAGCGCCUGCUCUGCCCGUGCGGGGCCGUCGUCCGCGUCUUCGCGCUCGCCUCCGCCACCCAGGUGCGCAUCCCGCCGCCCAGGUGCGCAUCCCGCUCCGAGGUGGCGGUGCUGCAGGGCCACACGGCGCUCGUCACGUGCGUCUCCACCUCCGCCGUCGCCCGCUCGCCCGCCGCAUCCGCCGCUGCCGCUCGCGGCGCUGAUGACGACGAUGACCACAUGGGGAUCAACCCCCCUGCUGACGUGUCAGCUCCAGACUCUGCCACGUCAUCGAUGGUGUACGCGUGGAGCGGGUCGCUGGACGGAACGAUGCGGCUGUGGAACUUUGUAACGGGGGCCUCGCUAAGAGUGCUGCACCUGGGCCGACCAAUCAGAGACCUUGUGAGUGACUUUCACUCUCUGGAUCGCACCAUACACCCACGCCUGGGAUCCGAUUCGCACCUCCUUCCCCGCGCCACCGCCACCAAUCCUCCUCCCCACUACCCUCCUCGCUUCCCUGCGUACCCUCUCUCUGCACUCGUCUCCUUUCCCCUUCACUCUCCCUCUCCUCCCCCCCACGAACCACAACGCCAUGAGCAGGUGAUGUAUCCGUAUGCGAGCACGGACGUGGUGGACGGGGCGGGCGGGCGCCAGGAGGAGAGGGCGGUGGCGCCGGUGGCGUUCGUGGUGGUGGGCAACGAGCAGCGCGGCUGCGACCUGCUGCACUACGACGUCGCUCCUCCACCAGGUCGCUCCUCCACCGGGUCGCAACCUGCUCCUCGCCUUUGCCCGCCCUUCUCUUUCACGCUUUGCAUGCCAUGCUGCCAUCCGCCCCACUCACGCCACUUCGCCCCUCUCCCCAUCAACUCAACCCGCCCUGCCUGCCCCUGCUCCUCUCCCGCUCUCUUCCCUUUCCUUCCCCCCACCUCUUCCCCCUUCCUCUCCCCCUCCGCGCAGCUGCUCGUGUCGUCCCCGCUGGCCAUCAGUCCAGCGACGGGGCGGCUGCUGGCGGUGGCGUCGGGGCGGAAGGUGUUCGUGGCGCACUGCACGCGCCCCGCGCACCACGCGCGCCUGCACCUGCACCACCGCCGCGCCCUCACCUGCGUCGCCAUCCACCCCGAUGACCAGCAGGUGCGCCGCCCCAUUCCCCCCAUGCGCGCUCUCCCCCCAUGCCCCCAUGCCCCCGCUGUUGCUCAUGCCACUCGUGCCCCUCAUGAUGCUCCUGCUGCCCCUCAUGAUGCUCCUGCUGCCCCUCAUGAUGCUCCUGCUGCCCCUGCUGCUGUUCCUUCAUUCCUCUCACGCUCGUCUUUCCCACGUGCCCCUCACAUGAGCCACCUCCCACGUGCCCCGUCUCUCUCCCGCCCCGCGUGCGUGCAGGUGGCAGCAGGUGACGUGUUGGGGCGCGUGGUGGUGUGGCACGGCAUCGGCCGCCGCUCCGGGUGGGCGUGGGGGGAAGGCCAAGCCAGGGGCGCGCCAGCUGGCGGGCGCGGAGGGCGAGAGGGCGGGUGGAGGGGGGGGAGAGGUCGGGGAGGGGGACGAGGUGGGCGGGGAGGGGGCGGGGGCAGGUGGGGCGCCGGGAGAGGAGGAGGAGCAGCAGGAGCAGGAGAAAGGGAGGAGGGGGAGGGCGAGGAGGAGGGAGAGGGGCGGAGGGGCGCGGAGGGGGAGGAGGACUGUGAGGCGGUGUCAUCGCUGCACUGGCACGCCUCCGCCGUGGCGGACCUCGCCUUCUCCCCGAACGGGCUCCACCUGGUGUCCAUAGGUGCCGAGGCCGUGGCGCUCAUCUGGCAGCUGCAGUCCGGCGCGCGCCGCUUCCUCCCCCGCAUGCCUGCCGCCCUGCUCCGCCUCGUGCUCCCGCCCUCCCUGCUCCCCCCGCUGCCUCCCCCCAGCCCCUCCGCACCCAGUGCAGCGGCAGCAGCAGCAGGAGCAGCAGCAGGGGGGGCGGGGGGAGCGAGGUCGCUGGUGGCACCGUUGGCAGCACCAGAGGCGUUGCGGUUUGGCAUGCAGUGUGCGGACAACAGCGUGCGAGUGGUGGACCUCAGUGAGUCGUCCCUCAUCGCCUCCAUCCGUGGCAUCGCCCCCCCGCCCCCCACGCGCCCCCUCCCCGCGCGACACUUCAUCCUCCCCCCGCUCGACCCCUUCAAAUCCCCUCUCGGCCCCCUCCCCUCCUCCGCCUCUGCCACCUCCGCCUCCCUCUCCAACUGCCUCCCGGCUGACGUGGCACGCCAGCUGGCGGUUGAGCUGGCAGUGACGGGCGGUGGGGCCCCGUCAGCAGUGGUGCAGAGUGUGAGGGGCGGGAGUGCGCGGCUGGUAGUGGUGGGGCCGCUGGGGCUGGUGCAGGUGUACGAGGUGGGGAGGCAGCAGGUGGUGGCACAGGUGCAGCUCAUGCGCAUCAACGUCGUCUCCUCCGCUGAGGCACGCUUCAAGCGCGCCUUGAAGGUGCAGGAGAUGCAGCAGCGCGACCAGGCCGUGCGCCUGCUGCAGGGGGGUGCGGGCAAGCCACAGCAACCGCAGCCGCAGCAGCAGGGGCCGAAACCCCCGCCAAUCUGGGUGAGCCACGUGUGCUUCUCCCCCGACGGCCACACGCUCGUCACUGUUGAGAUUCGCCAGCCGGAAGACCUGGCCGGCCAGCAGUCCACCCUCAAGUUCUGGGCGGCGCCGUUCGGCGGCACUCAGGGCGUGAGGCAGGGCAGUGGUAAGGGUGGCAAGAGCAGCAAGGAGGGGCUGACGGCGCUGACAACGGCGGUGGAUGCGCCGCACGGGGCGGCGGGGCUGGUGACCGGCGUGCACGUGCGGGCGGGCGGCGACAUGGUGGUCACGUGCGGCACGGACGGUGAAUUCCGCACUUGGACCCGCGUGUGGGGCGAGGGGGAGGACGAAGGGGGGGAGGAGGGAGAGAGAAAGGGUGCCAAGCAGGGGCGUGGGGGAGUGAAAGGGGGCGGGGCGCGAGGGAGAGGAGGCGUGCAGGGGUCAGGCCAAGCGAAGACGGCACGGGAGCGCAUGGAGGAGCGGGAGGCGGGCAUCGCACCGCUGACCUUCUGCUGGCGCUGCCGUGGCGUGGGCAGCUACGCCUCCCAGCCCCUCCUUGCAGCGAGCUUCUCCUGGGAGGGCUCCCUGCUGGCCGUGGCCGCCCUGCACCGCGUCACUCUGUGGGACCCCGACCGCCACGCGCUGCUGGCCGUGCUGCACUGCGCGCCCUCUCUCAGCCCCCUGCAGGCAGGCCUGCCGUGGCACCAGCCCGUCACCGCGCUCGCCUUCCUGCCCCACUCCCCCUUCCUCCUCACUGUCUCCGGCGCCCUCGCCCCCUCGGGGACCUACUUUACGCCGCCAGGCUCAACCGCUGCCCCCUACGCGGCUCUGUCGGUGUGGAGCCUGCUCUCUCUCUCCCUCGCCUGGUGCCUCCACCUCCGUGUGCUCUCCCUCGCCACCCACCCCUCUGCACCGCUCUUCGCCGUCAUCGUUGCUGCUCCCACCACUGGUGGCGGUGGUGGGAGGGGCGGCGACACAGGGCAGGGCGGUGGCGUGGAGAAGGACGAGGAAGUGGGGGAGGGUGAGGAGGAAGAGCACGGGGAGGAGGUGGGACCGAAGGAAGGUAGUGUUGGGAGGAGUGGGUGGGCGAGGAGGAGUGCAGGCGAAGGCGGGGCGGUGAAGGGGGCAGUGCUGGUGUUUGAGGGCGGGGAGAGCCCUGUGCCCAUCGCAGCGUGGGAGAUGGCUGAUGUCACUGGCGCCACUGUCGCCUUCCUGCCACCCUCCUCCGCACCUGCCGGCAGCAGCAGCAGCAGCAGCAAGGAAGGGACAGCGCAGUGGUCCAUCGUGGUGGUGAGCGGUGGCAGGGAGUAUGCGGUGCUGAAUGGGGAGGAGAGCCGGCCUGCGCCAGAUGCAGCGGGUCGGGACGUGGAGCUGUCGAAUGGUGCUGCUGCUGGCAUGGCGGACGGUCAAGCUCUUUCGGCCUUUGAAAGCAUCUAUGGAGCAGCAACCACCGCAGCGGCCGUGGCAGCAGCGGCAGGGGGUUUGUCGGAGAAGGGCAGAGCGGCGGGUGAAGGGAGGGGGCAAGGGGAGAUGGAGGCGGUGGAGGGGCGGCCGUGGGGCAGCCUGCUGUCAGCGCCGUCACACGUGCUGCCAUCGCUGUCCAGGGUGUACCCGCAGUUCAUGCAAGCCAUGCUGGACCAGCUCUCACUGCAUUGA